AUGUUGAAAACUGCGAUGAAACCAAAAACGAAGCGGACGACCACUCGGUCUCCCUUCGAACCCACCGCCAUGCAGCAUCGCGCGGAGGACGAAGACAUUGACAUGGAGGAUGAGACCAGCUCGGAUGAAUCAGAUAUUCCUGAAGCGGAUGAAGCCGAGAAGAAGCUCGAGCGCAUGCUCUUUGGCGACGACGAGGGCUUUAUGGGCGCAUUGAAGAGCCAGCAGGAUCGGGCGGAUGCCAUGGCUCUCACCUUGAAGAGCGAUGACGAGAGCGAAAGCGGCGACGAAGAGGCAACAGACGGAGAGGAGGGCGGUCUGGAAAACAUGGCCGAUGCAGAUCUCUUUUUCCUCGACUCGGGCACUGCACCUGUUUCCGCCGAUAUCAUUCCCUCCCCCGAGAUACCGUCCGAUGCAGAGGAGGAAGAUCAAGAAGAAACCGUUCCAGCUGUGUGGCAUGACAGCGAUGAUGAGCGACUCGCAGUCUCGCUCGCGAGCCAGUCUAGACUGCGGAAGCUGCGGGUGACGGAGUCGGAAGAUAUUGUUAGCGGCAAGGAAUACGUCCGUCGACUGCGCAGGCAAUUCGAGCGCCUGCACCCGAUGCCUGAGUGGGCGAAUCCCGAGCUGGCAGCGAGGCGGCGCAAGACGGAUUCAGAUGAUUCCGACGUUGGCAGCGGGGUGGAGAUGGAUACCGACGAUGAGGAGGAGCAAUUGUCCACGCAGCCUCUGGCUAAGUUGCUCCGGAAUGCCUCUGAUCUUACCCGGAUCGAGGACAAUAGCCACGCAGGCGGCAAGCGGAAGCUGCGCCAGGAGGUUAUUGAUAUCCAGCGCGUGAAAGACGUGGGCAAGACCCAGCCGUCCUCUAUCGACUCACUGACGUUCCACCCGCACUACCCCCUCUUGCUAUCUUCCGGGCCUGCAUCAACCCUGUUCCUGCACCACAUCUCCCCACAAGCACCAGCACCGAACCCGCUCCUGACCUCCCUGCACAUCAAACGCACACCAAUCCACACCUCUGCCUUCGCGCCUCCUACCGGCAACAAGAUCUUUGCCUCCGGUCGUCGGCGUUAUUUCCACAUCUGGGACCUGGACUCAGGCAAAGUCGAUAAAGUCAAUGGCUCGGCAGACCGGAAAGAAGAGCAAAAAUCCAUGGAGCGAUUCAAGCUAUCCCCCUGCGGACGGUACGUCGGCCUGGUUGGCACCUCGCGCAAAGGUGGCGGUCUCAUCAACGUCCUGGACGCGGGGACCGCACAAUGGAUCGCACAGGUGCGCGUUGAUGGACGCGGCGGCGUCGCGGACUUUGCAUGGUGGUCUGACGGCGAGGGUCUGACGGUUGCUAGCAAAAACGGUGAGGUAUCCGAAUGGGAUGGCCGACUGCGGCGGGUUGUGGCUCGUUGGCAGGAUGCCGGUGCCGUGGGCACCACUGUGCUCACCCUAGGUGGUCGCUCCGGCCGGACACAGCUUGGCGGUGAUCGAUGGGUGGCAAUUGGCAGUUCGAGCGGGAUCGUCAACGUCUACGACCGCCGGGAAUGGGCUGCUGCAUAUGCCGCCUCGGCCAAAGAUGACCAGCAGAAGCAGUCUGGGAUCCCACUCAACCCAACUCCCGUGCGCGCUCUGGACCAGCUCACUACUCCGAUCAGUCAUCUGGUAUUUGCACCAGACGGGCAGAUGAUGGUUAUGGCGAGCCGAUGGAAGCGGGACGCUCUGCGACUUGUUCACCUUCCAUCGUGUACAGUGUAUCGCAACUGGCCGACCUCCAACACGCCGCUAGGCCGCAUUUCCUCCGUGGCCAUCUCACCCAACUCGGAGCAGUUAGCUGUGGCUAAUGAGCAGGGGAAGAUUCGGAUGUGGGAGAUUCGGGGUUGA